AUGGGGGACCCCAAAGACGAAGAGCGCAAGCCCACGCCUGAGAACGGCACGCUCUUUCAGGCAUUCGAGUGGAACGUGCCCGCGGAUGGGAAGCAUUGGAAGAGGCUGAUUGCCGCACUGCCUUCGCUCAAGUACAUCGGCAUAUCGAACAUCUGGAUCCCUCCGGCCUGCAAAGCCGCGUCCCCACAAGGCAACGGCUACGACGUCUACGACCUGUACGAUCUCGGCGAGUUCGACCAAAAGGGCGGCACCCGCACCAAAUGGGGCAGUUUCGACGAGCUGAAGCAGCUGUCGGCCAAGGCGUCUGAGGUCGGCAUCGGCCUGUACUUCGACGCGGUGCUGAACCACAAAGCCGGGGCCGACCAGAAGGAGAAGUGCCAGGCCAUCGAGGUCGACCCGAACGACCGCACCAAGGAGGUCAGCGAGCCCUACGAGAUCGAGGGCUGGUUGGGCUUCGAUUUCCCCGGCCGCGGGGACCAGUACUCCUCCCAGAAAUACCACUGGUACCAUUUCACCGGCACAGACUACAACGCCGCCAACGAGAAGAAUGCCAUCUACAAGAUCCAGGGCGAGGGAAAGGGCUGGAGCAGCAGCGUGGACAAGGAGCAGGGAAACGCCGACUACAUGAUGUUCGCCGACGUCGAUUACUCCCACGACGAAGUCAUCGCCGACGUGAAAAACUGGGGCGUCUGGGUCACCAAGACGCUCGGCCUCAAGGGCUUCCGCCUCGACGCGGUCCAGCACUUCUCGGAGCGCUUCACCAACGAAUGGGUCAAGGCGCUGCACGCCGAGUGCGGCACGGACGUCUUCCUGGUCGGCGAGUUCUGGGUGGGCGACGCGGCGACGCUGACGGCCUGGCUCGACAAGAUGGAGCACAAGUUCGCCCUCUUCGACGCGCCGCUGCUGUACAACUUCCACAACGCCGGCGGCGCCGACUCGUCCGACCUGCGCAAGAUCUUCGACGGCACGCUGCUCCAGCACGAGCCCGUCAACGCCGUCACCGUCGUCGCCAACCACGACACCCAGCCCGGCCAGACGGUCGAGACGCCCGUCGCCGACUUCUUCAAGCCGCUCGCCUACGCCCUCAUCCUGCUGCGCCCGGACGGCUACCCCUGCCCCUUCUACGGCGACCUCUACGGCCUGCUGCCCGGCCCGGACACGCCCUUCGACGACCCCGCCCCGCCCGCCUGCUCCGGCAAGCUGCCCGACCUCAUCAAGUCGCGCCAGCUGUACGCCUACGGCGCCUGCGAGGACUACUUUGACGGCGAGGCCGGCGCCGACGGCGACAAGCCCGUGACGUGCAUCGGCUGGGUCCGCCGCGGCACGUGGGACCGCGGCGACGGCGGCUGCGCCGUCGUCAUGUCCAACGCCGGGCCGGGCACGCGCCACAUGUUCGUCGGCGACGGCACCGGCGGCCAGGUGUGGACCGACGUGCUCGGCUGGGCGCGCGACGGCGACAGCGACGCCGAGGUCACCGUCGGCGACGACGGCUUCGGCGACUUCACCUGCGGCGAGCUGAGCGUGAGCGUCUGGGUGCGCAAGGACGCCGGCGGCAGGGACCAGUUCCCCGUCAAGUUCGAUACCGACAUCUAUAAGAUGGCGUAG